AUGUCCGGUGGCGCCGUUGACGCCUGGCAAGUCUCCGCGGUGGCGUCGCUCGUGGAGGAGCUCGACAAGAAGAUCCUCGUGGUGCUGCGGGACGGCUCGAAGAUCAUCGGCUUCCUGCGCAGCUUCGAUCAGUUCGCGAACAUCGUGCUGGAGAACGCGUGCGAGCGUAUCAUCGUGGGAACAUCAUUCAGCGAUAUCCCCCUCGGUCUGUACAUCGUGAGGGGCGAGAACGUGGUGCUCAUGGGGGACAUCGACGAGACCAUCGAGACGGAGGGGCUCACCGAGGUGAGCAACGAGGAGAUCAAGCGCGAGAGGGAGGCGGAGAAGGCGGCCGACAAGUUCAAGGGCGAGAUGCUCAAGCGCAUGGAUUUCCUUGAGGACUGA